GGCUCACUGUGUGUGUGUGUGUUUGUGAGUCUGUUAAGACAGUGUGCUGCCCCCGCCACCGCACCCCGAACCCUGCACCGCUCGUAUCGAUCGCGCACACUUGCCCUUUCGUCAUCGGUCGUCGUCGUCCGCCUCACUGUGCCCACAAGCGUCGGGUGUGCAUGUUGUGUGAGAGUGUAGAGCGUUACAGCUAGUUGACAGCAGCAAGUAGCGAGUUAACAGAAAAUACGGGAAGCGAGCGGAAGCAAACGUUUUGGUCACAGAAAUUUUUUUUUUAAUUCAAAAGCCUUGCUCCCCACCUCUGUGCAUGUGUUUUUGCACCGUUUGUAGUGUUUGCGAUUAUUAUUGUUAGCGAUUGUCCCGUCCCCCGUGUGUCGGUGAAUCGCGCGCGCGUGUUCUGUGAAAACGGCUGAGAGAGCGCGGAGACAGAGCAGGCGAGCAAGAGCGCUCCUUCACAUCCGACGUCCAUCAAACGGCUCCGGCGUUCUCUCCCUCUCUCUCUCUGUGUGUGUAUGUGUGUUGAAGGAAGUGUUUCAAAUGUUUGCUUAAGUGUGCCGCCGCGCCGCAAGUGUGUAUUCAGUUCAGCUGCUCGAGUGUACAGUUUUUUUUUGUUCCGGCAAUAGCAGUAGUAGUAGUGGGUCUUUUGUUUUAUUUUUGUUUCGUUGUAAAUUGCUGCUCUUCUCGUGAGUGAUCUAUUUCGCGCAUCUCACUGUCGCGCUUACCUACUGGUUGGUGGCGUAAGGUUAGAAAUUGAAAGGGAGAGAGAGAGAGAGAGAGUGAGAGCGAACGAGCGAGCGAGCGAGAAAGAAACAGAGAGGCCCAACGUGUGUGUUAUCAGCGGCUUCUGCUCCAUCGGCUCCAACGCGCACCCAUCGGCGACGCACGGCGCUGGGUGGUUUACACAUUUCCACGAAUCCACGACGCACGGACGGUUGCAGCGCCCGAACGCACACCGAAGCAGUGCGCGCGUGCGUUCGUGCGCUUGUGUGCGCAUCCAAACCGCUGUCAUUGUUAUUGUAGUUGUUAUUGCGCCCAGUCGUGCUUCAUUAGAGCGGGACCGUUUUGGCGUGCCGGUAAUUAAAGCGAAUCACGGACGGAAAGCUCUCAGAACCAAACGGUUGUUUGGAUCGAUCGCCGCAGCAACAGCCAGGCGCAGCGACACGCUCACUCACCAACAACCGCCUGCUUGGUGUGGCGUUGGUGUUGUCCGCUCUCCAACCUCCCCCCAUUUUGCGGGCGCGAAGGUCGUGUGUGCAAUAAGUAAGGGAAGGAAGCGUACAUAAAAAGAGCAGGAAGAAGCCAAAAACAACCCCAACGGCCGGCAAGAUGUCACUGUGGGCCCGGGUGAACCAGCUGCCGCAGCCGAUCCUGGAGCAGAUACGCUUCAUCUACGGCAGCAACUUUCCGAUCGAGGUGCGGCACUACCUGGCAGACUGGAUCGAGGAACGAUUGCUCAACGCGCCGGUGUACACGAACGACCAGGAGGCGGUGUACGAGCAGGAUGCGGCCAACUUUCUCAACCAGCUCAUCAUGGAGCUGGAGCGGACGGCGAUCAACCUGCCGGAGAGCAACUUCACGAUCAAGAUACGGCUGAACGAGUCGGCCCGGAACUUCCGCCAGCUGUUCUCGCACAAUCCGGCCCAGCUGUACCAGCACCUGAUGAACUGUCUGCACCGGGAGCGCCAGUGCGUCGCCUACCCGGACGAGUGCGUGAACGUGCAGGACCCGGAGGUGACGGAGGUGUUCAACGCGGUCCAGCAGCUGCAGAUCAUGGUGCGCACGAACGAGAACGACAACCGGAACCUGAUGAAGGAGUACGAGCAUCUGCUGCUGGAGGUGCACGAGCUGCAGAAAAACCGGGCCCAGCUGGAGACGAUCGAGAACGCGGAGAUGCGGGCGCACGCGCACAACCAGCUCGCCCAGCACCAGAAGAUGGUGAACGAUCGGCUGCAGCUGUGCACCGGGAAGCGGCUCGCGCUCGUCGACGGCUUCCGCAAGACGAUCCUCAUCACGGACGAGGUGCAGAACAAGGUGCUGAACAAGUAUCUGUCGCAGUGGAAGAUUAACCAGGGCUUUGCCGGCAACGGGGCGUCGAUGAUGAGCGCGAGCAACCUCGACACGAUACAGGCGUGGUGCGAAAGCCUGGCCGAGAUCAUCUGGAGCACCAAGGAUCAGAUCCGGCUGGCGAUCAAGAACAAGUCGAAGCUGCACGUCGAGCAGGAGGACGUGCCGGACCUGCUGCCGCAGGCGAUGGUCGACGUGACCAACCUGCUGAAGAUGCUCAUUACCAACACGUUCAUCAUCGAGAAGCAGCCGCCGCAGGUGAUGAAGACGAACACGCGGUUCGCCGCGACGGUCCGGCUGCUCGUCGGCAACACGCUCAACAUCAAGAUGGUCAACCCGCAAGUGAAGGUGUCCAUCAUUUCCGAGGCACAGGCACAGCAGACGCAACAGACCAACAAAGCUUCCGAGCAGUCGUGCGGCGAAAUCAUGAACAACAUCGGCAAUCUGGAGUACAACGAAACGACCAAGCAGCUGUCAGUGAGCUUCAGAAACAUGCAGUUGAAGAAGAUCAAGCGCGCAGAGAAGAAGGGCACCGAGUGUGUGAUGGAUGAAAAGUUUGCGCUCCUGUUUCAGUCCAGCUUUGCCGUCGGCCAUGGCGAUCUCGUCUUUUCGGUAUGGACCAUCUCGCUGCCCGUGGUCGUGAUCGUGCACGGCAACCAGGAGCCACAGUCGUGGGCCACCAUCACCUGGGACAAUGCGUUCGCGGACAUCAACCGGAUCCCGUUCCAGGUGCCGGACAAGGUGAUCUGGAACCAGCUGGCCGAGGCGCUCAACAUGAAGUUCCGCGCGUCGACCGGACGUUCGCUCACGGCAGAGAAUAUGCACUUCCUGUGCGAGAAGGCGUUCAAAACGAACCUGCCGUUCCCGGUGCCGAACGAUCUGACCAUCAUGUGGUCGCAGUUCUGCAAGGAGCCGAUCCCGGACCGCUCGUUCACGUUCUGGGACUGGUUCUACGCGGCGAUGAAGGUGACGCGCGAGCAUCUGCGCGGCCCGUGGAUGGACGGCAGCAUUAUCGGCUUCAUACACAAGUCCAAGGCCGAGGACUAUCUGCUCAAGUGCCCGCGCGGUACCUUUCUGUUGCGCUUCUCCGACAGCGAGCUCGGUGGCAUUACCAUCGCCUGGGUAAACGAGGGCAACGACGGGCAGCCCCAGAUACUGCACAUUCAGCCGUUCACGGCCAAAGACUUCUCCACCCGGUCGCUGUCCGACCGCAUCCGCGACUUUGACGAUCUCUUCUACCUGUACCCGAACAAGCCGAAGCACGAAGCGUUCGACCGGUACACGACGCCGGCCGGGCCGCCGCGCAACAAAAACUACAUCGCGUCCGAGGUGCGGGCGGUACUGAUGCCCGGCCCGACCAACAACCAGAUGAACAGCUUCCCGAACACCCCGUCCUACAACAUCCAGUCGCCGGAUGCGUCCCGCGAUACGCCCUCGACCGGCAUGAGAGCAUAUCAUUGCUACGGUCAGACAAACUACGGUCAGGUGCCCGAUUUCGAGCUCGAGAACAUUGGCAUGUUUUCAUCGCAGUACCACUAAAGACGCACAGCGCCGCCAUCGGGUAUCCCGGGCCAACUCGUUGCACAGUCGAGAUAUAGUAAAUGCGUCGACACGUGUACCUUCCCCGCGGGGGUGUUUAUUGAUGCUCGAGACCGCUGGACCACGCUGGACCCUGAAUCUCUGGACCAUCCGGCUACUACUUCGGCUAAAGCAAGUUUGACGACACGGUGGGCACGGGAAUGUAGGUGUCUCUGGGUGGGGGGUGCACACCGGGAUGCAAAGCAGGAGUGUGUAGUAAGCCCCCCUGUGUAAGCGACGAACCCGCGCGGCACACACUGUGGCAACACACGGCGAAGCUUGAUUGUACAUUUAAGCCAACACACACCUAUAGCUUAAGGAGCAGUGUGUUACGAUUUACACUAAAUGUAGUAGUGCUAUGUCGGUUAGGAUAGAUGGGGUGGGAAUUUUUGAUCCGUAAAACAAACACACACGCACACACACACAGCUUGCAGCCAAACACACUCACGCCGGUUCUAUGCUUUCCGGCUUCAUCUCGAUCCAGCACCGUGGAAGGAUAGAUGCGCGCGCGUACGUUCAUCGUGCCCCCCCCUCCCCCUGUCCGGCGGCCAACCUGUUCUGCUCGAACCGAUGGUGCGAACUUCUUACGUCGAAUCAGCCUUUUUAUGUACGUUCUUGCUACGCAAGGAGUGGUGCAAUGUUUAAAGCAAUCCCGUGUAAGCGCAUUUCCAAAAUCAUUCGCCUUCUUGUAAGGAGCAAUCACAGCCACAGUCAGUAUUAGCUUUAUGCAAUGUUUUUCCUGUUAAAAUUGUUUGUUUUUUUUUCGUUUUACUGUGCGUUUUAUUUAAAAUGUCAUUGCCAUAGCUGGUUUGAAUUUUUGUAACGUUUCAUUUCAAAUCCAAAAGUAACUGCUAACCGUAAUCUUGUUUUGCGUGUGCCCACGGACCACAUUUUACUGUAAACCUUACGACAAGCUUCGAUAACAAAAAGGCCAAAGCGACAGCGUUUCUAUUGACAUUUCUUCAAUCCAACAUUAACAUGUGCUCGAGCACAAAGGAAGAAGCGGCUUUCCGUGUUUUUUUUUUUACUCCAAACAGAUCAAACAGCAGAAAUUGAAAACUCAAAAAGCUUCAAAUACUGUGCCAUACAAAAUGCUUUCCGAUGCCUUUUUUUUUGGGUGAGAAAAUCCAUCCAAUCCUGUUCUACAACAUUUCGAGCUUCUCAACUCCAGCACGGUGGCCGGGUAGAGCGGAACACGAUCGACAGACGUUGGCGGAAUCUUUUCCAACACGGUGACACUUCCGGCGAGCCGAAGACUACGUCUUUUAAUGCUAAUCAAUGUAUGUCUGUUGUAUUUUGCGCGUGUUUGUGUAUCUAUCUAUGUGUUGUGUGCGUGCGUGUGCGCAAUUAUACGUAUAGUAUAUAGUAUAGAGUGUAGUUUAGGAGAGUGCAAGGGAGUCAAUAAUGUCUAGCCGUUACGAAACGAACUUCCCGUUUAUAAUACUAUAGUAAUACCACUGCUAAGGUUAUGCGAUCCUGCUACAUUGCUAAAUGAUGUUUGUCUGCGUAUGUUUAUUAUGUAUUUGUGGGUGUCCGUGUAUGUUUCAUGUGUUCCCCGAUGCAACCUUACGCAUACACAGUACGCCUAAUGCUAUAUGCAAUUAUAAAGUGCAAAACAAUGUGCGGGGCGGGGGAGAGUGCAGUGCCAGACGUCAGAGCGCUGCGACAUGCUGGGUGUGUGUGUGUGUGUGUGUACAUAAAUUCUUCAACGAGAAACAAGAAAAGUUCAAUACAAUAAAACCUUGCAAGGAAAAAAAAACAGGAUAAACGAAAUCAAGCCAAUAUUAUGAUGCAUUCAGUAUAUGAUUGACCUGCACAGGGGUGUGCUGCUAGUAGAUUAAAGUUAAAAAAAAACACACACACACACGAAUCGUAAGAAUGUACAGUUGAGGAGGGAGGGGCGUUAGUGCAAGGUCGAGCGACCCGCUUCAAUAAUCGACUGGAGGAGAGAUGCUCACAGAAAUGAUCGGUUUCACCAAAAUUUUAAACAAAAAACAAACAAACAAACAAGUAAACAACCACAAAACUAGAGGCAACGAAAUGUAGAACGUCAACCGUUUUUGAUAGAUUAUGCAAAGAAGGGUGGGGUAAACCGUCUGUGGCAAACUUGGGGAUAGGAUGGUUGCUUUGAUUCUUAUUUACACUUGUCUAUUUAUCUUCCGGUGCGCCCCGUAUUCGGAAUAUCGGUACCGCCGGAUACACCCGAUACCCACACAAACACACAUACACAUGCUGGAGGAGGUUUAAUGAGAAAAGCUAAACAGAUUUGAAAUUUAUAAAAAAAAAAAUUAUACGAAACAGGCUAUAGAUAGAGAAGGCAAGAGAGAAAACAAAGGAAUGGAAUUGAGUGCACAUGUUUCUCAUACAAGCUAACCUUGUUGUCCAAACUAGAAUACUAGGAUGUGUGUGUGUGUGCAAUGAAAUGGUCCAAUCGAAAUGUGCAAAUUAUAUACCGACAUAGUCCAUCCGGCGCCGCUGUGCGUUUAACGUCACUGUGCACGGAAGUGCUAGGGCAUAGCUAGUAGUAGUGCAACUUUACUGCGUAGUGUUUUUUUUUCGGGCCAAAAGGGAGAAAAAGGCAAAUUAUUGUUCUUUAAGAGAGACGUAGAGCAAAGAAGUAUGUAUUACAAAAAGAUACACACACACUAACACACGCAUACGCAGAGAAAAAACAACGAAUAUUAAGAGAGAAAAA